AUGUCUCGCAUUGUCUCUCCGUGGCUUGGUGUUGUAAUGGCUUGGGCACGGAUGCUGAUAGUCUAUUUCCCUCUUAACCCAGCGUUCGAUAAGUUCACCGAACCAUUGUUCGCUUUCAUUUCUAUUGUUCUAUUCUUAUUCAUCAGUCUCAUUACGGCAGGAGGAGGAAUUUUUAACUUAAGCAUUGAUGAGACUGGAACAUGGACGCCACUAGAAAGUUGUGGAUACCCUUCAAAUUAUACUGAACCGGAGUACGGGUUAGUAUUGAAUGAAGGACCUCUCGUUGAUUUGGCACGCUUCCUAGUGUUUCUCAACGCAACAUUUAAGAAUCUUCCUGCUAUUAUCCUCCCUUUCUUGACAAUAGUGCUAAUCAGAGGAAUAAGAAAAGCACAAGAUAGAAGAAAAAAGUUACGUGCUGGAAAUGGAAACGAAGACUCCCCAAAAGACAACACAACUCAGCUUGUCACGUAUAUGACUGUUUUUCUUGUUUUAUCAGAGAGUACUGUAGGAAUCACUAUACUUUUGCAAGCUCUUGUGAUAAGCUACAGUACGGAUGUUAUCCAAAAUUUCGGAGUCUUAUACAUCAGCACAAAUUUCUAUACUAUCUUCAAUAUACUAAUUACAAUGAACUCAACAGUUCACUGUAUCAUCUGCAUGAGGUUAUCUUCACAGUAUAAGCAGUGCGUUGUGAAAUAUUUUCCAUGUAUUCAAUCGAAGAAAAAUCAGGAGAAAGUUAUCUCUGUCAUUCCAAAUACUGUUUCUGCAGUUAGAUCACCAACUAUUAAAACAACAGCUGUAUAA